GAAUAAAACAUACUAAAAUGAACGAACAUAAUAAACUAGUUAUCAAAAUGCAAUAAGUGUCGUAUUACGUAAUCGUUUCGGUCAUUCGACCGCCAUUAGUGUGACGUUGUACAUUUUCGCGGCAAAGCCUUCAGUACUCCUCUGCCCUCCCGAGUGACAUUACGUCCUCCGAUUUACGAAAUAAACAAUAAUAUAAAAGUUUUACGAAGUUUCGUCGAUGUUCUGCUUAGGCACGAAACACGGCGGUCAAGUUCGCUGCUAAUAUUUAUGACCCCCAAUCGUGCCACGAAAAUAGUCGAGCGCGCUCGAUGAGUUACUUUUGCAAGCCGAAUUUCACUAAUUAAUUUAAUAUGUCUCUCCAUAGUUGUUACAAACAAAUAUAAGUGAAAAAGUGUUUCUAAUAAAGACAAAUAUAUAAUGAAAAGUGCUAAGUGAUUUAUAUGAACUAUAUUUCAAAUAUAUACGCGUAUGUCAGCCAUUUUGUGAUAAUGCUGAAAAGGAGAACGUCGAAACGGUUCGUGCUCGGAGAGAACAAUGAUCAUCAGUCUUUCGAUGAUGAUGGGCCCACAGAAGUCAUUCCCAACUUGACUCAGAAGUUCCAGAUGACGUUAAGCACGGACCCUGAAGAAGGUCCAUCAAGGCAUAAUGAGGAGCAGCAGAAGCAACAGGAUUUCCGACUUUUAAGGACACCUAAUUCUGGAACAUUGCAGCCGUCUAUGUCCCAGGGCACGGUGAUCCACAGCCAGCGAUUCCAAGAGAAAGACUUCACUGUCGCCACUCCUGAGGAGUUUGUGAGGAGGUUCCAGGGCACUAAGCCUAUUAAUAAGGUCCUAAUUGCAAACAACGGAAUCGGUGCUGUAAAAUGUAUGCGAUCCGUGCGAAGAUGGUCCUACGAAAUGUUCAAGAACGAACGGGCCGUCCGAUUCGUGGUUAUGGUGACGCCCGAGGAUCUGAAGGCGAACGCGGAGUAUAUAAAGAUGGCCGACCAUUAUGUUCCCGUGCCCGGAGGAUCCAACAACAACAACUAUGCCAACGUUGAACUUAUCGUGGACAUCGCUAUACGGACACAAGUGCAGGCUGUAUGGGCGGGAUGGGGUCAUGCGUCCGAGAACCCCAAGCUCCCCGAGCUGCUUCACCGCGCUGGGGUCGUGUUCAUUGGACCCCCGGAGAAGGCGAUGUGGGCUCUAGGAGACAAGAUCGCCUCAUCCAUAGUGGCUCAGACGGCCGAAAUACCCACUCUUCCAUGGAGUGGUAGCGAGCUAAAGGCUGAAUACAACAGUAAGAAGAUUAAGAUUUCUUCUGAACUCUUCGCUAGAGGGUGCGUCACUACUCCAGAAGAAGGAUUGCAAGCGGCGCAGAAGAUUGGAUUCCCUGUGAUGAUCAAGGCGUCGGAAGGUGGCGGUGGCAAGGGUAUCAGAAAAGUGGAGAACCCUGAUGACUUCAACAGCGCUUUCAGACAGGUACAAGCAGAAGUGCCCGGUUCCCCGAUAUUCGUGAUGAAGCUCGCCAAGUCGGCUCGCCAUUUGGAAGUACAACUCUUGGCUGAUCAGUACGGCAACGCUAUCUCCCUGUUCGGUCGUGACUGUUCCAUCCAGCGUCGUCACCAGAAGAUCAUUGAGGAAGCGCCCGCUGCCAUCGCCAAACCUGACGUCUUUAUCGAAAUGGAGAAGGCCGCUGUCCGUCUUGCUAAAAUGGUGGGUUACGUAUCAGCUGGUACAGUAGAAUAUCUGUACGAACCGGCGACAGGCGCUUACUACUUCCUGGAGUUAAACCCUAGGCUUCAAGUAGAACAUCCUUGCACGGAGAUGGUUGCCGAUGUCAAUUUACCCGCUGCCCAGCUUCAGAUUGCCAUGGGUCUGCCCCUAUACCACAUAAAGGACAUCCGUCUUCUCUACGGCGAGUCUCCAUGGGGUCUAUCGCAGAUAGAAUUCGACGAGCCCAAGCAGAGACCCUCGCCGUGGGGUCACGUCAUCGCCGCUAGGAUCACAUCGGAAAACCCUGAUGAAGGUUUCAAGCCCUCCUCAGGAACGGUCCAGGAGCUGAACUUCAGAUCUUCGAAGAACGUCUGGGGAUACUUCAGCGUGGCCGCUUCAGGAGGUCUGCACGAGUUCGCAGACUCGCAGUUUGGCCAUUGCUUCUCUUGGGGCGAGACCAGGGAGCAAGCUAGAGAAAACUUGGUGAUAGCUCUUAAAGAGUUGAGCAUUCGCGGUGACUUCCGUACGACCGUGGAAUACCUGAUCACACUGUUGGAGACUGCCGCCUUCCAGAAUAAUGACAUCGAUACAGCCUGGCUGGACGCACUCAUAGCUGAGAGGAUGCAAUCGGAGAAGCCGAAUAUAAUGCUGGGUGUCAUCUGCGGGUCCAUACUCAUCGCCGACGCCUACAUCACGGCCAACUUCCAAGAGUUCAAGAGCGCUUUAGAAAAGGGUCAAAUCCAAGGUUCCAGUGCCUUAUCCAACUGCGUGGAAGUGGAACUCAUCCAUUCUGGCUCGAAAUACAAGGUGUCUGCCACCAAGUCUGGCCCGACGUCCUACUUCCUCGCGAUGAACGGCAGCUUCAAGGAGAUGGAGGUCCACAAGCUUACUGAUGGAGGUAUGCUACUGUCAAUCGACGGCGCCUCCUUCACGACCUACCUUCGAGAUGAAGUGGACAAAUACAGAAUCGUGAUCGGAAAUCAAACGGUGGUCUUUGACAAGGAGAAGGACCCAUCGAAGCUUAGAGCGCCAUCUGCCGGCAAGCUGAUCAAUACUUUGGUCGAGGAUGGGGGGCAUGUCGAUAAGGGACAGCCCUAUGCUGAGAUCGAGGUAAUGAAGAUGGUGAUGACCCUGGCUGCUCCGGAGUCAGGUAAAGUGACCUGGAUCCUGCGGUCGGGAGCUGUACUCGAUAUGGGCGCUUUGAUUGGAACAUUAGAACUGGAUGACCCCUCCCUGGUGACCACAGCGACCCCCUACAAGGGCCAGUUUCCCAUUGAGGAUAACAACCAGUUGUCUGAGAAACUCAACCAUGCGCACAACAAGUACAAGUCGGUUCUUGAAAAUACAUUACAAGGCUACUGUCUCCCGGAACCUUAUAACACUCCCCGGCUCCGUGAAGUGGUUGAGAAGUUCAUGCAGAGUCUGCGCGACCCCUCGCUACCACUCUUGGAGUUACAGGAGGUACUAUCUUCGACAUCAGGCCGUAUCCCCAUAGCUGUCGAGAAGAAGGUCCGCAAGUUGAUGGCACUGUACGAGCGGAAUAUCACCAGUGUUCUCGCACAGUUCCCCAGCCAACAAAUCGCCAGCGUCAUCGACCAUCACGCCGCUUCGUUAGCCAAGAGGGCCGACAGAGAUGUCUUCUUCAUGAGUACACAAGCCCUCGUAGUGUUGGUGCAGCGAUAUAGGAACGGAAUCCGUGGAAGGAUGAAGGCGGCUGUACAUGAUUUGCUCAAACAAUACUAUCAGGUGGAAAGCAAUUUCCAACUUGGUUCGUAUGACAAAUGCGUUGCGACGCUCCGCGAGCGGUAUAAGGACGAUAUGCAGGCUGUGGCAGACAUAAUAUUCUCACACAACCAAGUCGCUAAGAAGAAUAUGCUGGUAACCCUGCUAAUAGACCACCUAUGGUCGAACGAGCCCGGUCUAACGGAUGAGUUGGCGACCACUCUGAACGAGCUUACAUCCCUACAUCGCGCAGAGCAUAGCCGAGUCGCUCUGAGGGCUAGACAGGUCCUCAUAGCAGCCCACCAACCAGCGUACGAGCUCCGCCACAACCAGAUGGAGUCCAUCUUCCUGUCCGCAGUCGACAUGUACGGACACGACUUCCACCCGGAGAACUUGCAGAAACUCAUCCUCUCCGAGACGUCCAUAUUCGACAUACUCCACGAUUUCUUCUAUCAUACGAACGCUGCGGUAUGCAACGCCGCUCUCGAAGUGUAUGUACGUCGAGCGUACACCUCAUACGACAUCACCUGUCUCCAACACCUCGCUCUAUCAGGAGAACUGGGCGUCGUCCACUUCCAAUUCAUACUGCCGACUGGACAUCCUAACAGAAUCCCAAUCAGCCAAUCAGAAAUCGAGCUGGCCUCAGCUCAGGAUCAGGAAGGUAUACCAGCCGAGCUGUGCACUGCAGCAAUGAGGAAGUGUCACCACCGCACUGGUGCCCUCGCCGCCUUCGAGUCCUUCGACCAGUUCGUACAGUACUCUGACGAGCUCCUGGACCUGGUGCAUGACUUCGCCAGCUCCGCGACUGUUAGGAGAGAGGAUCUGGCCGCGUUGCAAGAGGGCAGUGAAAGUCGGGACAGUACUAGCAUCAACGUUGGUCUAGAUUAUAAACCUAAUGAUCCAGAUAAUGAGGCCCCUCUAGAACCGAUUCACAUCCUAAUGAUUGGCGUACGCGAUUCCGGCGAGAACGAUGAUAGCGCGGUCUCGAGGCGUUUCGGUAACUUCUGCCGGGCGCACAGACAUGAACUACACCAGAAGAGGAUCAGAAGGAUCACUUUUAUGCUGCUUAUCAAACGUCAAUUCCCCAAGUUCUUUACGUUCCGUGCUCGCAACGACUUUACAGAAGACACGAUCUACCGUCACUUGGAACCGGCGUCCGCCUUCCAGCUGGAGCUGUACCGCAUGAGGAGUUACGAGCUGGAGGCGCUCCCUACCAGCAACCAGAAGAUGCAUCUGUAUCUUGGUAAAGCUAAGGUAAAGAAGGGCCAGGAAGUGACAGACUUCCGAUUCUUCAUCCGCUCCAUCAUUAGGCAUCAGGACCUCAUCACCAAAGAGGCCAGCUUCGAGUAUCUACAGAAUGAAGGGGAAAGGGUUCUCUUAGAAGCCAUGGAUGAGCUGGAGGUGGCCUUCUCCCACCCUCUCGCCAAGAGGACUGACUGCAAUCACAUCUUCCUCAACUUUGGACCCACCGUCAUCAUGGACCCGGCUAAGAUCGAAGAAUCCGUCCUCGGUAUGGUGAUGAGAUACGGUCCACGUCUCUGGAAGCUGAGAGUUCUACAGGCCGAGAUCAGGUUCACUCUGCGUAUCGGUCCUGGAGCUCCGACAAAGAAUGUGAGGCUCUGUCUGUCCAACGGGUCCGGGUACUCGCUCGAUAUCUACACUUACGAAGAGGUCUCGGACCCUAAGAUUGGUGUGAUAAUGUUCCAAUCGUUCGGACCCCGCCAAGGCCCGAUGCACGGCCUGCCGAUCUCCACGCCAUACGUGACCAAGGAUUAUCUGCAGCAGAAGCGAUUCUUGGCAACUUCUCAAGGCACGACAUACGUUUACGACAUCCCCGACAUGUUCCGCCAGAUGAUUGAGAGGAGGUGGAGGGAGUGCAUCGAGGAAGGCAGCGUUGAUGGGCCACCUCCAGACAACGUGAUGAACGCAGUCGAGCUAGUCAUCGAGCCAGACGGCGAGAGGCGUGUCGUCGAGGUCACCAGGCUGCCCGGACAGAAUAAUGUCGGUAUGGUAGCAUGGCGUUUAACCCUGUACACGCCGGAAUGCCCCGACGGCAGAGAUAUCAUCCUGAUUGCGAACGACCUCACAUACUACAUGGGGUCUUUUGGACCGCAAGAAGACUGGGUUUACUACAAGGCUUCGGCUUACGCGAGAGAACUGAAAAUACCAAGAGUAUACGUAAGUGUCAAUUCGGGCGCGCGCAUAGGAGUUGCAGAGGAAGUGAAAUCGGAGUUCAAUGUCGCCUGGAUAGACUCUGAACGUCCGGAGAGAGGUUUCAAGUACCUCUACUUGACCCCCGAGUCGUACUCUAAGCUUGGACCCCUGGGGUCUGUGAAGACUACCCUCAUUGAAGACGAGGGAGAGUCCAGAUAUAAAAUUACCGAUAUCAUUGGUAAGGAGGACGGUCUUGGUGUGGAAUGUCUCCGCGACGCUGGUCUCAUUGCUGGUGAGACCGCACAGGCUUACGAAGACAUUGUCACCAUAUCCAUAGUUACUUGCCGUGCCAUUGGUAUCGGAUCUUAUGUUGUACGAUUGGGUCACCGUGUCAUCCAAGUGGAAUCUUCGUACAUCAUCCUGACUGGAUACGUCGCUCUCAACAAGGUGCUGGGCAGAUCUGUAUACGCCAGCAACAACCAACUCGGGGGUCAACAGAUCAUGCACCACAACGGGGUCUCCUCCGCUGUAGCCCCCACUGAUUUGGAGGCUGUGAGAACUGCGCUACGGUGGCUGUCGUUCGUACCUAAGGACAAGAUGAGCCUGGUCCCCAUAAUGCGUCCUGCGGACCCGGUGGAUCGUCCCGUGGAGUGGGUCCCGCCCCGCGCGGCGCACGACCCGCGCCUGAUGCUGGCCGGGGACGCGGCGCGGCCUGGCUUCUUCGACGCCGGCAGCUGGGACGAGGUCAUGCAGCCCUGGGCACAGACUGUCAUCACUGGUCGCGCCCGCCUCGGUGGUAUCCCCGUAGGAGUGGUGGCGGUGGAAACCAGGACGGUGGAGAUCACGUUGCCUGCCGACCCCGCCAACUUGGACUCCGAAGCCAAGACCUUGCAGCAAGCUGGACAGGUUUGGUUCCCGGACUCCGCGUAUAAGACGGCGCAGGCCAUCAACGACUUCUCCCGCGAAGGUCUGCCCAUCAUGAUCUUCGCCAACUGGAGAGGUUUCAGUGGAGGACAGAAAGACAUGUACGAGCAGAUCCUUAAGUUUGGAGCGGAGAUAGUCCGCGCCCUGCGCGGGGCGUCGGCCCCCGUCCUAGUGUACAUCCCCCCCGGGGCAGAGCUCCGUGGAGGUGCCUGGGCCGUCGUCGACCCCUCUGUCAACAACCUCAGGAUGGAGAUGUACGCCGACCCCGAAGCUAGGGGCGGUGUGCUAGAAGCUGAAGCUAUAGUGGAGGUGAAGUUCAAGCAGCGCGACAUCUUGAAGACCAUGCACCGACUCGACCCCGAGCUGCAGAGGGUCGGCGCUAGGAUCUCAGAGCUGAAGGAACAAAUCAAGGAGAUAUCCAAAGGACUGGACCGCAGAGGAUCCGUCGACGAGAGCCUCAUCAGGACUGAUGCUGGGCGCGCUGCCGAAACUCGCGUGCGUGAGCUAGAAACAGAACUGUUAGCCGCUGAGAAAACUGCGAAGGCUCGUGAAAAGGAACUCAGUCCUAUAUAUCACCAGAUCGCAGUACAAUUUGCUGAACUACACGACACAGCCGAAAGGAUGUUGGAAAAAGGAUGCAUAUUUGAUAUAAUCCCCUGGCGUGAUUCCCGACGUCUAUUCUACUGGCGUCUCAAGCGCUUACUGAGACAGAACGAGCAAGAGAGACGAGUCCAGGAAGCCGUCAAACCAGCAGACAGGAUGGAACAGGGUCCUGCUGCAGCAACCCUCAGGAGGUGGUUCACUGAGGACCGGGGAGAGACACAGUCGCACCAAUGGGAGCACGAUAAUGAGGCAGUCUGUAAGUGGCUGGAAGCCCAGGCCGGAGACGAUAACUCAGUGCUGGAGAGGAACCUCAAGGCCAUACAUCAGGACGCGCUCAUGCAGGCUGUCAACAACCUCGUAUUGAAACUAACGCCAUCACAACGCGGCGAGUUCAUAAGAAAACUGUCAGCCUUGGAGAUGGAGCAAUAAUUGUAAUGUUUAGGUAAUGUUUUAAUUACUAGGUCGAACAAAUUCUAGGGUACAUGAUAAUUUAUUGUUGGGGGCUUCUAGCGUAUGCAAGCUGUUUUUCUGUAAUGGCGGGAUGAUAACGGUAAUUUAGUACUUGAAA